AUGACUGAAAAUGCUGUAAUCAACGGAGAUACAGCCGAAUAUUUUUCUUCCAACCCCGCUGCUGGAACAAAAUAUAAAAGUCCGCGAAAAGUUGGCGGAAUGAAAUGGGACAAUGAUAAAGUUUAUAAAUGUGCUGUUCCAGUAAUGAUAGAUGAGAUUUUUCAAACAAAAAUCACUAAGGACAUGUUAAGAGUUGCCACUGGUAGCCCUGAAAAAGCCGAAAUGAUUGCCUCUUUACAGGCUAACAAUUUGAAAAAAAAACUUGACAUUACAAUUAUGGAAAAGUGUGUUGAAAGUGUUUGUAAAAGAGAUAAUUUUUCUAAUGAUGCUUAUGUUGAAAUGAACGAAAGAGAGUUCAACAAUGCUGGUAAAUUUUUAAAGAAAUUAUUCUCUACUGCCGAAAUGAUGAAACAUCCUACUGACAAGUUUAAUCGAGGAUACAAAAAGAAGAAUGGUAAUUAUGAAAAGACUAUUUAUGCUUCCGGUAAACUCAAAAAUAUUAUAGUAAUUUUGGAUACCGAUAAAAAAACAGAUUUGCGAAUGGAAGGUUCUAGAACUUAUAAUUACUCUUUGGUAGAUUUAGAAAGAGAGUUUAAAAAUGUUUAUGACACUAUCUUGCCAAAAGGGGUUGGAGCCUUAAUAAUGGUGGGAGGUCCAAUUAGUUUUGCCAAUAUGGCGAUUAUUGUUAAUAAAGGUAAAGAAGAUAUUUCAGAUGGUUUGGAAGAUGUUGUUAACGAAGAUGAGGAGGGUGAAAACACCGAAUAUUACUCUGGGGAGGAAAAAAUUGAUAAAUACUUGAAUAGAUUAAAACAAAUCCUCAAAUUGAAUGGAUUUGAUGCAAGUUUAUUAAAACCCAAAUUAAAACAAAUGCUUGAAGAUGUUAAACCAACAAGCAGUAGUGGUAGCACUGUUUUAGGUCGUUUUAAAUCAAUCAUGGAAAAAUUUGCUGAUGAAGAAUUUAUAGACGAAGUAAAAUAA